UAUGAAUCAUGCGUCAAAGUUUUUCAACAACUCUACCCAUAGCUAUCCAAAGAUGCAUUUUUGUAAUGAAAUACGAAAAUGAGGGUGGAUUCGAUUUUUUGGAUUUGAGUAUAUAGUGGUGAUUCAGUUGAGAAAACCAUCUGCAGGAAAGACAUAUGGAUCGGUCAGUGCCUUCACUACACUGAUCAGGACACUCCCCACUACAGCAAGGAUGCUAUCAUUGAAAAGAGAAUGGAUAAUCGAAGAAAUUCAUUAUAAAGCAUGGAAACGAAUUUAUUGAGAGACCGUAACACGCAAAAUGUUGAAAGGGUGAUGAGACAUCUGAAAGAAAAGAGAAGAAGCUUCACUGUGAGAAGGAGGUUUGCUGCUGCCAAACUGAUCUCAGUUCACAAGAUAGUUUACCCUAUAACACAUUCGAAAGUAGACAAAUACCCAGCUCAUGUCAUCGCCAAUUGUGUAUAUCAAUGCACGUGUACUCAUGGAGACAGUUACGUGGAAAGGACUGAAAGAAGGGCAUCUAUUCGAUUUUGUGAACAUAUUCCGAAAAAUCUAUGUCUUAAAGGUGGCAAGAUGUUUACUAGAGCAGUCGUCAGGCACCUGAUGGAAACGGGAAAUCAAAGAGAUGUUUCUCAAUCCUUCAAGAUGACCAACAAAGAAAAAAAGUUGUGUUUAUUACGGUUUGUGGAAGCUGUCACCAUCAGACAUUGUCCACCUGAUCUAUGUACUCAGAAAGAGACCAUAACUUACAUCUGUUUACCUUGUUAACUGUAUAGUAUAAUCUUGCAUAUGUAUGUAAACAGUUUUCCUUUGGAUUGCAUCAUCUCAUUGUUAAUUACUUACUUACUGGUUGUAAAAUCACCCUUUGCUAAACAUUUUCCUAUUUUUUCACAUAUUUACGUAGUUCACUAGCUCUUUGGCAACUCAAUCAAUUUAUACUCUUGUUUGUUUGUUUGUUUGUUGUGUUCCCGCUUUACAUAACUACAGAAUUAUUCGAUCACAUCAGAUAUAAAUUGGCAUUGAUUUUGAUUUGUGAUUAUUAAUCCUAAAUUUCGAAUCUUCACCUAUUUCUACAUAUUUAAAGCAUAUUGUGCGAUUAAUACUACUAAUAUUUCAUUCUAAUUGUAGGCUGUAUGCAGCUGAUGAAAGGCUGUGAAAUAAAAUGAGCUUAUUUUGUUCUGGUAAUGUCUUUUUUCUUGCUUUAUUUAAAUU